AUUGCAAUAUAUUUUAAGUUAUACAUUGGUAUUAUAUUUAAAUUAUAAUAUUUUUAAAAAAUGUUUCAUAAAAUAAAUUCUGUUUUUUUAAUUUUUGUGUGUAGUUUUUUUUUUGAAAAUGUUUUUGGAAAUAAACUUUUAAUUAGCAAAGAAGGAAAAAUAGAUAUUCAUCAGUCUUUAUAUAAUAAUAGAUUUUGGUUUGAUGCUAAGGUGAUGGAGGAAAAGAGCUGCUUAGAAGCUCUAAAAUCGUGUAUAAAGUGUAAGGAAUUAGAAAUGACUUUUGUAAAUGAGAAACAAAUUUUUGCAGAAAUUUGUUUGCGUUAUGAUGAUGACAGUAGUACAAAUUAUUCAAAAACUAAAAUAAAUCUUGAAAUCACUUUUGGAAAAGAAAACAUUAUUUUAAGUUACCAAAAAAAAGAAAAAAAAAAGUUCUCAUACAAUGCAAAUGGUUAUAAUGUAUUGCAGACAUUUCUUAAUGAUUUAAACAAAAACAUUUAUUUCAAAGUUGUUAAAAUCUAUGAGAGUAAUGUUCCUAUUAAUAGAGAUUUAGUGAAUGAUACGGUUUAUAAUAAUGAAAUUAAAGAUCUACUUUCUAAUGUCCAAAAUUUAUCUUUAUGGGAAUUCACCAAAUAUAAUGUUGUUAUAGUUGUAUAUCCUUCAUGUCCUAAUGAAACGCUUGAAAAUUGUAUUCAUAAUUCAACAAAUGGAAAUUUAGUGAAUGAUACGGUUUAUGAUGAACAAACCAAAACACAACUUUCUAAGGUUCAAAAUUUGUUUUUAUGGAAAUACGUUAAAGAGGAUCUUGUAUCAGAUGAACGUAGAUAUUGUCCUUAUUUAACACUUGAACAUUUCAUUAAUAAUUCAACAACAUACAAAAAAACUGUUGAACAAACUCUAAAUAUGGCAAUAGAUAUCAUGAUUUCUCGAACUGCUAGGUAUGCGUGUUUAUUAGUCGUAUAUGCUUAUCAAACAUUUAGUUUUAUUUCUGGACCAUAUACAAAUGAUGCUCGAAAAGUUAGUGAUGUACGAAAAGAAAAUUGGGAAACAGUAAUAAAACUUUUAACAAUAUUGGCAAAAGCUGAGAAUGAUUUAAAAAAAUAUACCAGAAAAAGUAUUUCUUUUAUAGAUAUAGAACAUAAAUUAACUCUAAUUAGUUUAGAUAAAUAUAGUAAUAAUAAAUUGUUAGAUUUGGCUCAUUUGGUGAAACUUUUCACAAUAAGUAUUUUAGGAUCUAAAGAGUUUGACGAAAACUAUUUUGAAAAUGCCAGACAUUCAAAGAAUAAUACACACAUAUUACCCAAAAGUACAUUAGAAAAAUUAUUUGUGGGAUUUCCCAAGCAUCACGAAAAUUACGCAGCUUCAUACUAUUUUGAGAACAUACCAACUGCACUAGAUAAUAUAAUUGAAAAACUGGAGAUAAUUUUGCAAUUAAUUAAAACAGAGUAUGGAAGUGGUCUUAAAUAAUACAAUUACUAUUUAUGUAUGAUUGAAUACUUUAUUUAAAAUCAUUUAUAAAUUAUAAAUUAUAAUUUAUAAACUUUUAUAAAUUAUACAUUGUCUUAACUUGAACAUUAAACAUUAUAUUACAUUA